AUGGGCAAUUCAGAAUCACCUAAAAAAAGUAAAUUUAUCUAAAAUUUAAGAAGAUGAUUCUCAAUAAAUGAAAAUCUAACAAGAAAAUGAAACAGAAAAAGAUCCUGAGAUGUUUCAAGCUUUAAAUGAUCUUGAUUCUGCCUUUUUAAAUCUAAUUGAAUAAAAUAAUUAAGUAAAAUAAAAUUAAAUACAAUGAGAUUGGCAUCAAGCUUAAUUUUAUCUUAGAAAGUAUGCAUGAACAAGCAAAUUAAUUUAAAAAAAAACCUGAAUGA